AUGGAUGAAGAGGCGAAGAAGGCACGAGAAGAGUAUUUGAAAAGAUAUUUGAGUAAAGACGAUAACUCAAAAACGAAAAAAAAAGUCAGAAAAAAGAGCAAAAUGAAUGGAUUAAAAAUCCAUGAAAAUGAUGCUUUUAUUGCUGUGGCACCGUGUGCAGAGCAGAAUUCUGAUAUCGAUAGUGAAGAUAUUGAAGUAAUUAAGCGAGACAACGAAAAACCGAGGUUCCAACCUGCAAUAUUCGAACCUGUGGAGUUCAAAAUGGAACUAUCCUCUAAGCGACAUGAUUCUUCAUCUUCUGAAAGUGGUUUGUUGAUGUUUGUUUCGGAUGAUCUUAUUUAUGUUGACGAUGAUUUUAUUUCGGCUAGCAGUAGUUGUGGAUUGAAAAAAGAUGAAAUCGCAAAGAAAAAUCAUUCCUCUUCUCAGAAAUGUAUGGCUCAAAGCACUGUGAACAUGGAUAUUUGUCCAGAGCAGCGCAAAAUAAAGCAAGAACCGCUUGAUUCAGAUAUGUCACCACCUAGAAGAUUGACCCAAAGCACGAAACUAAAUUCCAAUGAAGAUUCAGACAUUUCUCCACCACGUCGUAGAAUUAAAAAUGAACCUUACGAUUCGGAUGAAUCACCUCUGAGAAGAUCAGAAAUUUACAAUUCUGACGAGUCAACAUCCGACAGAUAUGAUCGAAGAAAAAAACGAAGGCGUAAAGACAGAGAUAGAAAUGAACGUUCCACACACAAACACCAUCGUCAUGAAGGUCAUCAGAACUCGACAAAUGUUUGUCACGUUCGUGGAGUCUUACAGGAUAAUGAUCAUGAUCGAAAAGAUUCUAAUAUAGCAAAUAGGAAAUAUGGCGGGAUCAAAACUCUUGAAGAAUAUCGUGAAGAAAUGAAACAAUCGAAGCAAAAUGAAGCAGAACUGCUUGAAGCCUGGUCUGGAUAUUCAGCUGGUAAAGAUGCAGUAGCUGUUCAACGAACCAAAGUAACUGGUAAAGGGCGUGAAAAAAUUGAGGAUCGCGGGAAAAAAGAACGUGAAACCAAAAAACAACAGGAAUUGGAUGAAAAGUAUAAAAAAUGGAGUAAGGGUGUUCGCCAAAUAGAAGAACGUGCUGAAAAAUUAAAUGAGAUGGCUCGAGUAGCUCAAGAAGACUUCGCUCGUCAUGCUGACAAUAUAGCGAUGAAUGAGUAUCUGAAAGAGGUUAAAUCAAGAGCAUUAUGA